GUAACACCCAUAAUACUGUGGCAUAGUGAGAGUUUCUUUCAGACCAAACAAAGCAACGUUAGACGGCUCGUGUAUUCGUCUUUUUGCAUAGGACUAACAGGGUAAAAACACGUACAGAAGACUGCAUUGUGGCCAAAGCAAAGUAAAAGCAUUAGUGCAACUCCAUCGAGAAGACUCAUUUUCCACACGGACAAAUGAAUGCUGCCAAAGUCAUGCCAGUGGACCUGGCCAUGCAUAUGUGCCUGAAUCGCCAUCCUCCAGUUGGACAACUUUUGGGAAUGUCCACACAUAGAUCCCAUCGAGCUCUUAUUCGAUCAAACACCUGCGAUUCUUCCCGAUCCAAAGCUUCUCGAUCUCCACAGUUUUCCUCCUCUCCUGUAAGUGCCUUAAACUGUACGAGCUCUUGUGGGAUUCUCAAGAAGAAGAAACAAGUGGUAUUCGCAGAUGCUAAAGGACUGGAGCUUACUGCAGUCCGGAUCUUCAAUUCUGAUCCCCAGAUAUCCGAUGUGGAGGAGCGUUCUCCUGCAAGUGUAAAGACUGAGUCACCUGCACAGAGCCGAAAGCUUUGUCUCCGGUUGGGCUUCCCUCAGCCAUAUGCCGAUUUACCAUCCUUCCUUGAAAGUCUGGAAAAAUCUCAGGUGCGUCUGGAGAGUUGCAGCUUGGGAAGUGGAUCGCUAUUCGGAAAAGUGCGGGUGUGCAACAUCAGUCCUGAGAAAGCUGUACAUAUUCGCAUCACAUAUGACUCAUGGAGGAGCCACCAGGACAUCCAGUGUACCCCUGUCCAACAGAACGAAAGCUCCGAAACAGAACUGUUUGUCUUUAACAUUCCUCUUUUGUCCUGUCCAAAUGUACAGGAUCGUCUGGAGUUUUGUGUGACAUUCCGUCCUGGGUCUAGCAACAUGCUUCUGUGGGACAGCAACAAUGGACGGAACUAUCGAAUCCUAGUAGAAGAUUCGAAUUCGGAACAAGUGCACUUGCUUAAGAAAAAACCCUUGAAGCCAAAAAAUUCUCAAAUACCACAAUCACUACCCCAUAGAAAUGUUCCAGUUUUGCAAAGGAUGAGAAGUCUUAGCUAAACUAGCACAUGUGGUGGUUUCUGUUUAUGUUGGUUCCUUGUAAUUUUCAUCCAUGUUUGAUGUAUUUUGCUAAAAUGGAAUCUAAUGGUGAAAAGACAGACAGGCAGACAGACAGACUGACAGACAGACAGACAGACAGACAGACAGACAGACAGACAGACAGACAGACAGACAGACACAGUCAUGCAUGAGCAUGUUCUGUCCUUGUGAGUAAGUGUUGAGUCAUUGGUGAGACAGUGAGAUGGAUUUUCAGUCCUAAGCACUCUAUUCCUGUAGCUCAGAUGAAUUGUUAGCACUUUAUCAAAGUUAGUCUAUUUCAAGCUGUGAGAGACUUUUACUUCCUGUGAGCUCAUUGCACUAAGACAGAUCAUGGAUGUACCUGCAGAUAUGAACUGGCUAGUGUCAUUUAUGUCAUAUAACAGUUUGAAAAUCUUGUAAAUGUAUAUUCAUUGAUAAUUUUUUAAGACUGUUAAAUAAACAUUCAGAUACAAACACGG